GGGCUGCCCCGGACUCGGCAGCGAAUGGGCGAGGCGUCUUCCUCGUCCUCCUGGCCAUCCAGGGGUGCGGCGGCGGCGGCGGCGUACGACUACGAGCGCGACCCGCGGUGGGCGGAGUACCGGGCGAGCUCCGCCGUGCCGACGCACCUCAUCACCGACCCCUACGUCCGCGCCCACCUCCAGCACAAGUUCUACCGCCGCUUCGUCAAUUCUGAUUUUCCUGUAGAAGGAAUGUCUUCAACCAUCUCUACCCAGCCCUCAGCAUCUUCAGGUGGUGCAUCGACUUCAGCUAGUGAAAAUGCAAGGCCUCCUGAUCCAGUGGCUUCUGUAGGCACUAAUUCUGCUGGACCGAUGCGAAGCAGACUAUCAUUGCAUUUGGACCAGCGGUCCUUACAUUUUUCUGUUAAUGCUUGGGUCCUUAUUGUUGCCUUGAUUGGCAUCUUUCCAUUGGCACCACGAUCUCUUCAGUACAAGGGAUAUAGGUUGUCACUUCUUGGCACAACAUGUACAACGGGCUAUGCUUUGUUUGCUCUUUACAGGAUACCCCGAGCAGGGAAUUUGCAGGCUAUUCGGGCAUGGUGUCACCAUGUAACUUCAUCAAAGGAUUUUAUACCAUUCAUGUACUGCCUUAUGUUUGUUACAUCUAAACUGCACUUGAAGCUUGUUUUGGUACCUGUAAUUUGUUGGGCACUUGAACAUGUUGCCAGAUUUCUGCGGCGCCAUUUUACUAGUUCAUCUUUAUACAGAACAUACUUGGAGCAGCCCUGUACAUGGGUUGAGGCGAAUACUACUGCAGUCCACUUUCUACGUUCAAAUGCAGAGAUUUUGUUGGGCUUCCUUUUGAUCCUAUCUUUGUUCUCGCGACAACGAAAUGCUAUGCAAACAUUCAUGUAUUGGCAGUUGCUGAAGCUCAUGUACCAUUCUCCCUUCACUGCUGGUUAUCAUAGAGCUAUCUGGCUUAAAAUUGGGCGGACAAUCAACCCCUACAUCCACCGGUACACCCCUUUCCUUCAUGAUCCGAUAAAUGCUGGCAUGAGAUGGUGGUUCAGGUAGGGAUGAAUGCGGCAGCAUUAAGCGUUAAUCAUGUAAAGAGACGGAAGUAUGUCUUUGGUGGCAUUUCAUAGUUGACCCAACGAUGAAUAUUCAAAAUAGAAAGUUGAUGCUUGUGAGUGAUGUGUUACUAGUUCAUUUUGCGGCUUCGAGCUGAUGAUAAUUUUUAGCUAGUAUGAUCAUAACUCCUGUAACUAGAGCUAGUCGAGAUAUUGAGCAUAUGACCUAUUUGUCAUGAACUGAAAUUAGAUUGGUAGUUUAUGAUCAUGUCUUUUUCUUUGACUCAA